GUAGAACCAGGAUAUCGCCGGCAUUUCAACAUGGAGCCGUCCUGAAGGAGAUUUUUGUGAAGGAGACUAAUUUUUUUGUAAACUGUUUUGUAAAUCAUGGUAAGCUCUUGACUGGAUCAUGAAGUGUGCUCGAUGCCUGUUCCAGCUGCAGAACCUCAGAUGGUUUGGACCGUGCAGCGCUGUUGCCCGUGUACGGCUCCUCCAACCCUGCCCGCUACAAAUGCAGGAAUUGAGGCAUUUCCAUCACAGUCGAGCAGUCCUCAAAAUUCGACCUACAGCUCCUGUAGAAUUUAUUGAAGACAAAGAAAAGAAUAAGAAGCCUAUAGUCCAAGAUGACCUGUUUGAACGUGUGGCCAAAAAAAAUAAAACUAAAGCCACAUUUAACAGAGUUGUAGACGUUUUCACAAAGCAAGAUGUGAGGAGACGAGGCCAUGUGGAGUUUAUCUAUGCCGCACUGAAGAAGAUGCCUGAGUUUGGAGUGGAGAAAGAUGUCACUGUCUAUAACAAGCUACUGGAUGUGUUCCCUAAAGAAGUAUUUAUCCCAAGGAAUUUCAUUCAGACAAUGUUCAACCACUAUCCACGGCAACAGGAGUGUGGAGUGCAGCUUUUGGAGCAGAUGGAGAACUAUGGUGUCAUGCCUAAUGUUGAGACUAAGGUCCUCUUGCUGCAGAUCUUCGGACCGAAGGGCCACCCCAUGAGGAAAUAUCAGCGCCUCAUGUACUGGUUCCCCAAAUUCAAGCACGUGAACCCCUACCCCGUCCCCCUUCAGCUACCAGAGGACCCCGUAGAUCUGGCCAAGUUCAGCCUCAAUCGCAUUGCUGACGACCUGGAUGCUAAAAUAACAGUCUACCAGAUGCCCUGUACAGAUUUGAAUGAGAGUGGACAAGAAAUAACAUUUCCACAUAUUGUAGGUAUUCAGAGUCCCAGUCAAAUAGACUUACUGGCCAAGCAUAACCCCAAAAGACCUGUUUUUGUUGAAGGUCCUUUUCCCUUAUGGUUGAAAAAGAUAUGCGUGUAUUACUAUAUACUACGAGCAGAUCCCAUUCCACCAGAAGAAAAGGUGGAGGAGCCCUAUGAUCCAGAAAGGUGCUUUGACUAUCCACUGCAGCUCGACCUGGAUUUAGAUCGAGACCUUGGGGAUGAGGAGAACUUUGACGUGGAAGACUUGGAUGAGGGCCCCGUCUUCGCCAUGUGCAUGACAAACCAUGGAGAUCAGGCUACUCUCAACCAGUGGAUAUCCGGCCUCCAAGAGACUAACCCCAUUUUGGGUCAUAUCCCGACACUUUUCCGAUUGGACUCUGGCACUCGGGAACUGCAGGUGUCUGUGGAUUUUAAACCAGGUCCAAACCAGGAGCACCAGGAGUCUAAGCCAGAGACUGAGGAGCGCACAGCAGAGGAGGUGGAGGAACAACCACAGAUAAGGCAUAGUAUGAAGCAGUAAAACAGGACUGGUAACAACAGCAGGUAAUUUUAUUAUACUGGAAUAAAUUAAUAAUUGAAUGAGUGAUAAUAUUGCACUGGUAUAAUAUGUGAACAUACGAAAGCAGUUGUUUCAGAGUCCAAAUAGGUUCAUUUUCAGAAACAGACAAUUGUAAAUGUUAUUGUCUAAACAAUAAAUUAUGUGAUUUCAUUGAGUGCGUAGAUGAUCUUGUGUUAUGACCAUCACCAUUUGUUUGCUUAACAUAUUAAGCAUAAUAUUAUUUAAGACUAUUUCUCUCAAAGAAAUCAAGACUUUUUAGAUGUACUGGCUUUAAAGGUUGUCAUAUGUUAUCAUUUUUGCCAUUUCAUUAACAUUUAUAAAGACUCAUAUGCUGUUAUUGCAGAAAUUAUUACCUUUUAUUUUCUGAGUCUGUCCCUCCAUGCCCCACCUCAUUCAACGUGUCCCUCUGUCUACAAUUUGAGAGUCACUCUAGACUGAACAAGUUAAUGUUUACCAAUCAAUGAAAUUGAGUGCAAAUAGAACUUUAGAGCCAUUUUAUAGCAUUGACAGAACAAUACCAUAAAAUGAAAGUAAAAUCUUAAACAUUAUGAAAUGGUACACAGAAAAAGAUCUUUCAGUACAAAGGUUUAUUUUGAAAAGGCAUCACACAUUCCUUUUUAACAAGACACAAGUACAUUCUGAGGCAUCAAGCUGAAUUCAAAUGUCGACACCUUGUAUGUGGCUUUACAGGUUAUUAAAGUAUGCAUGUACAAUGCUUUGUGCUCACUUUAUUACCAUUCCAGUCUUUUUUCCUGAACAUUUAAAAGCAAAACAAUACUAUCCAACAGGACCCCGCCAACACACAACUACCAACUCAUGCAAAAAAGCCUUUAGAUGCCACAUACUCACAAAUGACUUAAUGAUCUAGAGUAAGACAAAAUGUUUGAACUGUAUUGUUUUCAGCUACACAAGAUGAGACUCAAUAAAUAAUAAAUAGCAAAAGAAAAACACAUUUGGCAUGGCAUAUGCUCAAAUAAUAGUAUUUGUGUAUUCACAUUGUCACAUAGUGAAGAUAUGAAAUAUUUAACAAGUUAUAAAAGUUGUUUUUUAAUCAAAACUGGAUUGACCUUUUAGAACGGCUACAAAAAAUUUGAGAGAUCGAUGCAAAUAUCUCUUCAAUAUUUUCCCGUAUGUAGUGCAGUAAAAAUUACAUAAAAACAUGUGUAGUGUCCAUUGUGUUGUGCAUUUGUUUUCAUUGCUGGCAUUGGUGCAGACUGCUCCAGU